GUAAAACCUUUUGAUUUUUAAAAUUGCUUUUCAAUUUUAGUUAACGUGUUAUCAAGCCAAACAAGCAGGUUACACGUUGACUGUAAAUUAGAAGUUACAACGAUCUGAUUAAUUAAGUAACAUGGCCAAUGACAGUUGUUGCAUCUGUUUGGAUGAUUUUUCCUCUACUCUUCAUGAUGUUAAAGAACUAAAAUGCAAACACAAGUUUCAUGUUCAUUGUAUUGAACAAGCACUGAAGCAAAAAAGUUUCUGCCCAAUGUGCAACACUCCUGUCGGAGCCCCAUGUGGAAAUCAACCAAUAGGUGGACGUAUGACAUGGAGCAUGAACAAUCGCAUUCACCUUCCUGGCUACGAUAACUUCGGGGCAAUUGUCAUUCGGUAUUCAUUUUCUGGCGGGACACAGCAACACAACCACCCACACCCAGGGCAGCGUUACAGCGGUACAACACGGAUUGCUUAUCUUCCUGACAGUCAUGAAGGCCAAGAAGUUCUAGCUCUUCUGACGAGAGCAUUCGACGCUCGCUUAAUUUUCACAGUUGGUCGCUCAAUCACGUCGGGGCGUGACAACCAAAUCACAUGGAACGACAUUCAUCACAAAACUCGAACACAUGGUGGAGCUCACGGAUACGGCUACCCAGAUCCUGAGUAUCUUAAAAGAGUAAAAGAAGAUCUCAGAGCAAAAGGAAUUUACUGAUAUAACUGUCUGAAUGCUGUUAUAUUGUUACUGAACAAUCACUUAUUUAGAUUUUUUAUUAUUUUAUCAUCCUGUUUUAAUGAUUAUUUCAUCUAUUUCUGAGUAAAUGUAUAGCGUUUAUAUAUUUUUUUAACAUUUUCCCAUAUGCUUUUAGAGCCACUGUUUUAGUUUGUUAAUAAGUUAAGUGUUUAAUUGAGAUUAAAA